AGUUCAAUUAUUGCUUUUAAAAAGAACGUUCUCAAUCUGGCUUGUAGGAGGAGCUGCUGAGCUCGGCUCCUCAUAGGUCCGCAGCUCACACAUAAAAAGCGACGCUCCGCAGCUCGCGCUCACAUUCGUCUUUGUGUUUCCACAGAAGAAGAAAACAAAAUGAGCGGCAGAGGAAAAGGAGGCAAAGGUCUCGGUAAAGGAGGCGCCAAGCGGCACCGUAAAGUUCUCCGCGAUAACAUCCAGGGAAUCACCAAGCCCGCUAUCCGCCGUCUGGCUCGCCGCGGGGGAGUCAAGCGGAUCUCCGGUCUCAUCUACGAGGAGACCCGCGGUGUGCUCAAGGUCUUCCUGGAGAACGUCAUCCGUGACGCCGUCACGUACACCGAGCACGCCAAGAGGAAGACCGUCACCGCCAUGGACGUGGUGUACGCUCUGAAGAGGCAGGGCCGCACUCUGUACGGCUUCGGGGGUUAAACCGACAACUUUGCUCACUCGACCAAACAAAGGCCCUUUUCAGGGCCAAACACUGAUCGGAUCAUGAGCUGAAUUCCUGUCUGAUGCAACCAAAUCUCUCCAUAAGCGACCUAUGAGUGUAAAAAUGUAUCUAUAUUAAUAUUAAUCUGACAAAACAAAGAAUUAUAGCUGCUUGUUCACACAAAAUGUAAAAAGUUUUGUUUCCACUGAUUUUUCUUACUGAAGGUUUGAUGGUUAAACUGGCAAUACAUGAACUCAUUAGACUAUUCUGCUUUAUCAGUGAAUCCACA